UAUGAGAAGAGCUGUUCACACAUCUGAUGUAGUAGCAUCCAAAUUAGAGAUCUAGCCAUUGCAACUUAAGACAUUGGAUGAAAUCAAUGUUGGAAUUUGUGAUGGAAUGACUUACACUGAAAUUGCAUAGAAAUUCCCUAGUGAUUUCUAAGUAAUCAUUUGUUAAUAUAAAUAUUUAUUAGGAAAGGAAAAUCAAUAAAUUAGGUUAUAGAUACCCAAGGGGAGAAUCAUAUUUAGAUUUGAUUAGUAGAAUUGAACCUGUGAUCUUUGAAAUUGAAAGAUCGAGACAACCAGUUAUGAUCAUAGCUCAUUAAGCCAUUUUAAGAUGCUUAUAUGCUUACUUUCAUCAAAACGAGAUUCCAGAAGUACCUACUUUGGAUAUACCUUUGCAUUGUGUUAUAAAAUUGACUCCAGCUGCCUACUUUUGCGAUGAAAAAAGAGUGUUGAUCAAGCCUUAAACUGGAGAAAUCUCAAUCAAGGAAGAGUAUGUGUAAGAAUUUGUGAGAUCAAAGAGCAAACAGAAGAGCUUUAUUGAUUUAUGA